AUGGCAGAAGACAAUCUAGUUUCAAAAGGCACAUUCACUUAUGACAUUGGGCCUGAUAACAGGAGAUAGAUUUUGAGAAAUUUUACAUCAUUAUAGUAUGAGCCUUGGUAGGAAAGCAGUAAUACCAGAACAUUCCUUAGAUUAAGAGCUGUUCCUUGCAAAAAUUCUACUGAUCUUGACAUUACAAAUAUUCAAAGGGAUAAAUAUUGUGCUACUAAUGAAGAGAUUGAUGACUUGAUAAAUAAGUUUGAUGCUCCACCAUUUAAAAAUGAAAUUUCAGUUAAUCUUUAUAACAUUAACAGAAAAUCGUCUUUCGCUUAAUACUUGAAAGUUACUAAAAAGCAAAUAUAAACUUAAGAUAAUUGGUUUUCGUCAUAUUUAGACAAUAAGAACUAUACACUGUUUGAAACGUUGCCUGGGAGAUAUGUUAUUGGAAGCGUCAAAGAAGGAGGUUUUGAAAUGUUCACUUUAAUUUUUGUUUGCUCUAAUGAAGAGUUAUAUAUCCAAAGAUAAGUUUUUACAUUGACAGAUUUGUUAAGUCUAAUAGGGGGAUUCAGUAGUAUAGUUAUUCUAAUUACUCGAUAUUUAGCUCAAAUUUACUCUUCAACUUCAUUCUAAAGGGAGCUAAUCAAUAAACUUUUUACAAUUCCAAGUUGUUCAAGUUAUUAACAAAAUUCAAAUUCAAAUCUAUUAGAUACAGAAGAUCCUCAUAAACUUAAGUAAAAAAUACAAUCAUACUUAUCAAAUAGAAAGAGUUGCAAUGUUACUUUCAUGUAUUUGAGAUUUUUAGAGUUGAUCAAAUAUUUUAAAGGGAAAAAUGAUUAAUGA